AUCUAGCGGUAUUUGGAAAACAUAACCGAAUAUUUGUUUUGACACAAUACCCGAAGAUUUCCGUGUUUACCGCAAUGGAUGCCAGCAAGGCAGAAAAGCUCGCCGCAGCGAAAAAAAAAUUAAAACAGUUCCAACAAAAAGGAGGUUCGAAAGGUACUCCAAAUGGUGGCCAGCUAAACUUGCACCAGCAAGGUGAAGUAAAUCAGUCAUCAGCAGUAGAAACUAACAUUCUCCAUAAUGAACCUGUGGAAUCAAAGGCAAGCUUGGAAAUCCAGCAAGAAGAGAAACAUAGUUAUGAUAAUACCAGAAAUAUUGAAUUGCAGCAGGUCAUUGAAACUUUGAGCAAAGAGAAAAAUGACAUUCUUUUAUCCUACAUGCAAUCAAAAGAUUUAGUUGAAGAACUUCAACUUAAAUUAAACCAGGAGAGAGUAUUGUUACAAGAAGAAAAAGCAAAAUCCACCCAAGCAUUGGAAACCAUUUCAACUCAAAGUUUACAUGAAGAAGAACUGAAAAAUACCGUUUCAAUUUUGAUAGAAGAAAAAAAUGAGCUAGUUUUAGCUAAUGUUCGAAGUGAAGAAAAAAUAAAAAAACUAGAAGAUGUCAAAGUUGACAAUGAAAAAGAAUUGGAAGUCGUAAAAAUGUCUCUUUCAUUGCUGCAAUCUUCUGCUGCUAAAGAAACUGCAGAACUGCAGUCUUAUUUAUCUACUUUAACUAAAGAUCAUGAAAGAGUUAGUCAAGAACUAAAUUUAAAAGAUCAACUUUACAAUGAAGUAAAUGAGGAACUCAAAGAGCUUCAAAUGCGUCAAAACAAUCAAGCGGCUGAACUCAAUCGCAGAGAAAACAUUAUCAAUGAACUAAAUCUUCAAAUCGAGUUGCUCAACGUGAAUAUGCAACAGUUGAAAAAUGCAGGGCCCCCGACGGUCGAUCAAAGCCUUGAAAAAAUGCAAAAAGAAAAUGAUAAGUUACAAGAAGAAAUAGUGGAUUUACGGGAGCAGUUAAAGACGCUAAAUGUAGAAAAAGAUGUUCUAUCGCAACAGUAUCAACAAUACAUUCUUCGACUGAACGGGCAAAUUCGCACCAUUAGUUCACAGGCAGAGUCCUUGGCCAUUGAGAAAAGGAAUGUAGAGGCUACUUUGGAGACAAAGAAAGACGAAUUGGCAGAGCUCGAGGCGACAAUUGUGGCCCUGAAAAUGGAACAAAAUACUGGGCCCUUGUCUCGCACAUCGAAUGAAUUGGCUACGCCUAGCGAAAUUCUUCCCUCUCCACAAUCCGCGUCCCAGCUUGAUGAAGAAAUUGUCGUGUUAAAAACGCAAAUUGCGGAAUUGAGUUUGAAUAAUGAAGAACUGGUCAAACUGGCAUUGGAGAAGGAAUCUCGGAUUCAAGAGCUGGAAAUCCGUAUAGAUCGCAUGCAAAGUGAGUUGAACGUGGCAACUACCAAUCAGGAUCAUGGCGAAAGGGAGAAACUUCUUCAAGCUAUGCAAAGUGACAAAUCUACAGCCUCCCGUGCUAUUGCCCAGAAUCGUCAGCUGAAACUACAGCUAGAAGAACUGGAAAAGGCUUUUAUCCAACUUAGUAAUGACAAACUUGUGCUCACGGAGGAAUCUCAGACAAUGGCUCGACAAAAUAAGGAAAUGAGCGAAAAGUUACUGAUUUUGGAGCCGGAGGUUGUGCAGUUAAGACAGCAGGUUGACGAUUUGGCUGGUCAGCGAAACGCCACAAUUUACUGGAGACAAGAGUUAGAGGAAGCUCACGAAAGAAUCCAGGCACUGUCGCAUCAGAAUGCAGAACUGAAAAAACGUGUCAUUUGGAAUUUGAAUCAAGCACCUGCCCGAGGCAGCCGUAAACAGCGGCGUAACAACGAAGAAAUCAAUGAGGACCGUUCAGAUUCACCUUCCUCGUCUGAAAAUGAAGGAGACAGUGACUGGAUUCCUGCUGAAGAACAUCAGAAACUCCUCUUUCACUUCGGUCAAUUAGAACAGCGACUAGAACGUUCCAUAGCUACUGUAUCAACUUUGACAGAAGAAAAGCAAAAACUAGAACACUUGGUUCUACAGCUUCAAAGUGAAACUGAAACCAUUGGCGAAUACGUUAGUCUUUACCAAGUGCAGCGUGGCCUAUUGAGUAGGCGUGCCGAACAGUUAUCUGCUGAGCGUCAGAAACUGAAGGAGAGAAUUUUGAAGUUGACUAUUCUUUUACCUUGCUUGGCACCCCAAUUGAAGAAUUCACCCGAAUGGUUGCAAUUGCAGCCCGAGCCGGAAACGAUAGCCAAUUCAGAAGAUGGGUUGAGUGUUACCAUUCGUAACGAAACAGAAGCUUUGUCUGACGUGGACCCUACCUUGGAACACACAGUUUCCCAAAUCAUCGAUGUUUUGUUAGAAAUCACAAACUGCACAUUACCAACCAGCGAAACUCUGACGCAGACUGAUCUCUAUCCCUUGGAAGACCGAAUUCGUAAGCCGAACGAGAAUUUUCAUCCAUGUUGGCCUAUGUAUUCAGGAAGAAUCAUUAACAUUUGAAAAUUUUGAAUUUUCAAUGUGCCUUUCCAAAGCUACUUUAUAAACAUUUCCAUUUAAAUAUACAGAUAUAAAUGAUUU